GGAGACAUUGGUUGUGACAGCGCAGUGGGCGGGAUUUUACCUCAGAUCAGGGGAGCGAGUCUAGUCUUUGGUGAGACUGAGGGGGAGCGAUAGAGAGAAAGGGAACUGAGGUGUUCUUCACAGAACGGAAUCUGCAUGUGUAGUGGUCUCUGUCUCUGUGGAUGAUCCUCAGUCACCAUGAAAGACUAGGAACUCAGCUCUCCGAGGGAUAUGGCCUUUUCUGAUUUAUCCCUGUCGCGCUACCUGGCUUCUGACUCCAGCUGCCUCUGAAGGGACUUUCAGCUGUUUAUGGGAACUACCACUGUGCUCGCUCUGUUGAGGAUUUGAGUUUUUCUAGGACGCCAUUUCCUGUCCCCACUGUUAAGUUGAGGCAGCAACGCUGCACAGUAGUGUGGGGAAGCGUGAGACGAUGGCGAACAACUCAUACAGUGGGGUGAAGAACUCCAUGGUGGAGGCCAACCACGAUGGAGACUUUGGCUGCACACUCAAAGACCUGCGCUCGCUCAUGGAACUGCGGGGUGCAGAGGCGCUAAGCAAAAUUAGGGAAUCUUAUGGAGAUGUUCAAGGACUCUGCAGCCGGUUGAAAACAUCACCUAUAGAUGGUCUAAGUGGACAACCUGCGGACAUUGAGAAGCGGAAAACAGCGUUUGGGCAGAAUUUUAUUCCACCCAAAAAACCAAAAACAUUUUUGCAGUUAGUCUGGGAAGCAUUACAGGAUGUAACACUGAUUAUUCUAGAGGUGGCAGCGAUAGUGUCGCUAGGCCUUUCAUUUUAUAAACCUCCGGAUGCAGAAAGAGAACAUUGUGGAAAGGCAGCUGGGGGUGUGGAGGAUGAGGGUGAAGCUGAGGCAGGAUGGAUUGAGGGCGCUGCCAUCCUCCUGUCAGUUAUCUGUGUGGUGCUAGUUACAGCAUUCAAUGACUGGAGUAAAGAAAAGCAGUUUAGGGGUCUCCAGAGCCGCAUUGAGCAGGAGCAGAAAUUUACUGUUGUCCGCGGCGGACAAGUAAUCCAAAUUCCCGUAGCUGAGAUCGUCGUUGGCGACAUUGCACAAGUAAAAUAUGGUGAUCUGUUGCCUGCAGAUGGUGUCCUGAUCCAAGGCAAUGACCUCAAAAUUGAUGAGAGCUCUCUCACAGGGGAGUCGGAUCAUGUAAAAAAAACUGAAGAAAAAGAUCCCAUGCUGUUGUCAGGUACCCACGUAAUGGAAGGCUCAGGGAAAAUGCUGGUCACUGCUGUGGGUGUCAACUCUCAAACUGGAAUUAUCUUUACCUUACUCGGGGGUGGUGAUGAUGACGAUGAUGAUGAAGAGGAGAAGAAAAAGGAAAAAGAAGAGAAGAAAAAGCAGAAGAAAAACAAGAAGCAGGAUGGAUCAGUGGAAAACCGCAAAAAAGCUAAAGCCCAAGAUGGAGCUGCAAUGGAAAUGCAGCCUCUAAACAGUGAUGAGGGAGGUGAUGCAGAGGAGAAGAAGAAAACCAACCUGCCAAAGAAAGAGAAGUCUGUUCUUCAGGGCAAACUGACGAAACUAGCCGUACAAAUUGGCAAAGCAGGUUUGGUAAUGUCAGCCAUCACUGUUAUCAUCCUGGUGGUCCUGUUUGUGGUGGACACCUUCUGGAUCCAGAACUUGCCCUGGGUUAAGGACUGCACACCCAUUUACAUCCAGUUCUUUGUAAAAUUCUUCAUUAUUGGCGUCACUGUCCUGGUGGUGGCUGUGCCUGAAGGCCUUCCGCUUGCAGUAACAAUCUCCCUGGCGUACUCUGUCAAGAAAAUGAUGAAGGACAACAACUUAGUUCGUCACCUGGAUGCCUGUGAGACAAUGGGCAAUGCCACUGCCAUCUGUUCAGACAAGACUGGUACACUUACCAUGAACCGCAUGACUGUGGUACAGGCCUACAUUGCUGAAAAACACUACAGGAAGGUCCCUGAGCCUGAGAACAUACCCCCAACCAUCAUGGACAUACUAGUCCUGGGUAUUGGGGUGAACUGCGCCUAUACCACCAAAAUUAUGUCUCCAGAGAAAGAGGGCGGCUUGCCUCGUCAGGUGGGUAACAAGACCGAAUGUGCCUUGCUUGGCUUUGCUACUGACCUGAAGCGGGACUACCAGGCUAUCCGCAAUGAGAUUCCUGAAGAGAAGCUCUACAAGGUUUAUACCUUCAAUUCUGUCCGCAAGUCGAUGAGCACCGUGCUGAAGAAUGCUGAUGGCAGCUACCGCAUGUUCAGUAAAGGGGCCUCAGAGAUCCUACUCAAGAAGUGCUAUAAAAUCCUGACUGCCAAUGGCGAAACUAAGGUGUUUCGACCACGGGACAGAGAUGACAUGGUAAAGAAGGUGAUUGAAUCCAUGGCUUCAGAGGGCCUAAGGACCAUCUGCUUAGCAUACAGGGAUUUCCCUGCCUCAGAAGGCGAGCCUGAUUGGGAUAACGAGAAUGAUAUCCUCACUGGCCUGACCUGCAUCUGUGUGGUGGGCAUUGAAGACCCGGUGAGAACAGAGGUCCCAGAGGCUAUCAGGAAGUGCCAGCGUGCUGGCAUCACUGUGCGAAUGGUCACUGGGGACAACAUCAACACAGCACGAGCCAUUGCCACCAAGUGUGGCAUUCUUCAGCCUGGAGAUGACUUCCUUUGCCUAGAGGGCAAAGAGUUCAACCGGAGAAUACGCAACGAAAAAGGAGAGAUCGAACAAGAACGCAUAGACAAGAUAUGGCCCAAACUAAGAGUACUGGCUCGUUCUUCCCCCACAGACAAGCACACAUUAGUCAAAGGUAUUAUUGACAGCACAGUGGUAGAACAGAGACAAGUUGUAGCUGUGACGGGAGAUGGCACAAAUGAUGGUCCUGCCUUGAAGAAAGCUGAUGUUGGCUUUGCCAUGGGCAUUGCUGGCACAGAUGUGGCUAAGGAGGCAUCUGACAUCAUUCUGACCGAUGACAACUUCUCCAGUAUCGUGAAGGCCGUCAUGUGGGGACGCAAUGUGUAUGACAGCAUCUCUAAGUUCCUCCAGUUUCAGCUAACUGUCAAUGUGGUGGCUGUCAUUGUAGCAUUUACAGGAGCCUGCAUCACACAGGACUCCCCGCUAAAAGCAGUCCAGAUGUUAUGGGUCAACCUUAUUAUGGACACUUUUGCUUCCUUAGCCCUGGCCACAGAACCCCCUACAGAGUCCCUUCUGCUGAGGAAGCCCUACGGCCGCAACAAGCCUCUAAUCUCUCGAACCAUGAUGAAAAACAUAUUGGGCCAGGGGGUCUACCAGCUAGUAAUCAUCUUCACACUGCUCUUUGCUGGGGAGAAAAUGUUCGAUAUUGACAGCGGCAGGAACGCACCCCUUCAUGCACCACCCUCUGAACACUACACCAUUGUCUUCAACACUUUUGUCAUGAUGCAGCUCUUCAAUGAGAUCAACGCCCGCAAGAUCCAUGGCGAAAGGAAUGUUGAGGGCGUUUUUAACAACCCCAUCUUCUGUACUAUUGUGUUUGGUACCUUUAUUAUUCAGAUUGUCAUUGUGCAGUUUGGAGGGAAACCAUUUAGCUGUGUGGCUCUGACCAUUGACCAGUGGCUGUGGUGCACAUUCCUGGGCUUUGGCUCUCUGCUGUGGGGACAGGUAAUCUCCAGCAUCCCUACUAGCCGUUUGAAAUUCCUAAAGCCAGCAGGCCAUGGCACCCAGACAGAGGAGAUCCCAGAUGAGGAGCUGGAGGACAUGGAGGAUAUGGAUGAAAUUGACCACGCUGAACGUGAGCUUCGCCGCGGCCAGAUCCUCUGGUUCCGAGGUCUCAAUCGCAUCCAGACUCAGAUCCGGGUGGUGAAAGCAUUCCGCAGCUCCAUCUCCCUCUAUGAGGGGCUGGAGAAGCCCGAGUCGCGAACAUCCAUCCACAACUUCAUGACCCACCCAGAGUUUCGGAUAGAGGACUCUGAGCCCCACAUCCCCCUUAUCGACGACACUGAUGCUGAGGAUGACGCUCCCACGAAGCGCAACUCCGCCAGCCCCCGCAAUGCCACACCCACCCCGCCCUCGCCUGCCACAGCUGCACCCACCACACCUGUUUCUCCCUCCCCCAACCAGAACAAUAACGCCGUGGAGAGCGGCAACCAUCUCCUCCCGGAGGGCACUAAGUCAGGAACCCCCUCAGCCCCAGGGAGCCCCCUACACAGCCUGGAGACUUCCCUCUGAUUUGACCCUGCUCCACACAUACCACCACUUUUCUACCCACCCAGGAGCUCAACUCAGACAAAUGAACGAACAUGCUUCAGAGCAGAGGAGAGACGGAGGGCAAGGAGAAGAGUGGAGUCUUCUGUGAGCUUAGCUUGGGCUGGACUAAAAGAACAGCAAACAUUCAGAAGAAUGUAGGGUUUGGUGUGGAUGCAUAGGUCAUUUUAUUUUUAUUUUUUUUUCCAUUUUGUUCCCGCUGCAACACAAGGACUUCGUCUCCACCCCUUCCUCUUUUUUGUUUUGCUCGGUGAACAAGGGGUGAAUAUAAACUCAGAUUGAAAGUGACCUGUUUUUAUUAUUCUAUUACUAUUAUUAUUAUUAUUAUUAUUAUUAUUAUUAUUUUAAUUGAGAAGGAGGAGGUCCUCCUCCUGGCUUGAAGAUCGUCUGUAAGAAUUUGAAAGAACCUUUAGCUUCUCUUUUAUCUGAAUGGUGUUGUAUAUUUAUCUCUUUGGCCCUUGCUUAUUCAAAAACUUAUUUCUGCUCCAUCAGCUGUUAAUAUUUUGAGUUAUUUAUGUUUUUGGAAAAAGCAGGUCUGUUUACAAAGUUUGUAGAUACUUAUUUCUGUUUGUAGGCAAAAGAGCUUCCUGACGUAUGAGGCAGAAAACUGAGGAUAGAGUACAAAUUGAAUGAGAGGAUUAUUUCAGAUACUGCUGUAUUUUCAGGAAAAAGGGGUGUUUCUAUUGAAACUUAACUAUUUUUGCCUGCAGGUUUUAUUUGUUAUAUAUUUGUAGAUAAAUAUAGAACCUUCUAGCCAAACCGAUAAACACUAAGGCUUGUAUAGCAAAGAGGUCCAUCGGGUGAGGUGUUUUGCUAUGAGAGGGGACAUGGAAGACAAACAGGACCUCUGUCCAUUCACAUUUCUAUAAAUAUUUACUUCUUACAUUUGUUUAACAGUUUUUCAUGUUCACAAAACUCUCAGGAGUUCUGGGUUCUCUUUUAAUUCAUUCAUUCAUUGUGUUCAUGGGUUUCCACAUGUUGAAAGGGUCACUCAUUAAAGGGAGUUUAAAAUACAUCCAGUCAUGAUGUUUUAUUUCUAUCUUUGUUUUUCUCAGCAAAACUUCAGUCCCUGCCAAUGUACAAUACUGACAUUUGUUUACUCAGGCAUAGAAAAGUAUUUAAUUGAAAAGGAAUCUGUUAAGAAAAAACCUUUUAACUUCAAACUUUGUGUCUUUAGGUAGUAAAUCAUUGUCUUGGUCAAAAGCAAGUGGGUUAUUUUCAUAUUUCAUUCAAUCUUUAAGAUUUCUCUUUAGGAAAACUUAAUUUUACCCUCAGAGUUCUGGUUUGUUAACAUUUCAAAAAUCAAAAACAGGAAAAAAAAAAAAAAGUUUGUAUUUUUAUCCAUCCUUGUCCAUAAGACUCCUUUCACCAUCUUGAAAUGUUGCUGCAUUUGAUUUGUUUGUAGAAUAUUUUUGACACCUGAUGUACUGGAAACACUAAAGGAUUGGACACGUGCAUUUUUCAAGAAUAAAGACUAGGCAUACACUGGUAUCUGCACAGGGUACUUUAUUUCAUAGUGUUCCUUGGGGAAAAAUUUUGAUACAAAUCAUAAAAAUUGUACCUUUGUAUUUUUAUGACAAUAUAGAUGAUACCUUUCAGAUAAUCCUGCUAAACCAGUUUUGGAGGAUUUGACACAAAUUGCAUUAUACGGGGAGGGGUUUGGGCACUGUAAAAAGGGUUGUGAUCGGUUCUGAUAGGAAUAUUCUUCUCAGGGUGCAAAUUGUGUGAAAGGGGAGAAGACACUUCUAUAGGUUUGUGGCUGAAAUAUUGCCACAUUUUAUUAAAUGGUUGGGAAGUUCCUUGUCAACCAUACAGGCGGAUGUGGGCAGCAGGCUGCAGAUUCUUAAUGCAGCCUUCUGGCCUUCUAACCUGAAGGGAAGUGGACUGGGGAAGGAGGUGGAAACGCUCAAUCAUAAUAAUACACUUUGGGGAAAUAGGUUGUUUUCCUUGUUUUACAGAUGAAAAAAAAAAGCAGCUUGAGAUUGCAUACAAACUGAGAAAUUGGAAAGAUGAGAGGAAUCCAUAUAAGGAGUUUGUUCUGUAGCUUCUUCCUAUAAUGGGAAUGAAUGUUUAUCCAUCUGUUUUAUGGAUUAUUAUUUUUUUAUCUUUUAACAUUUGGAAAUAAAGAGUACUUCAUGUCUGUUUAUCUUGAGCAAUUUAAAUGGUUAUCGUGAUUGGAUUUACAUUUGAAACUUGUCGAGUAAUGUGUAUGGUUUUUAAAAAUAAAAAAAUGUAUUUAGCCUAA